UCAGUUUCAAAAAGAAGAUGGAACCAUUAACACUGUUGGGCGAAGUUCAGAUAUUAGCAGUAGCCAAUUUCUCAAAUUAUCCUUUCUACGCUAGCAUGUGGGUAAAGUGUUGGCCUCACAGAAUGCAGUGACAUUGAAUAUUAUUAGAAAAAAGUGUGAACAUGUCCUAGUUCGUGUAGAAACGUGCUUUGAUCGUUGGUUUCAAUUCAUUAAGUUAAUAAAUUUCUAAACAAUCUUGUUAUGUAAAUUGUUUGCAUGUUAAUGUGUUGUGUAACAAGGGAACGAUUGCGAAUAUGACCAAUAGCAGUUGUAAUGAAACAGUAGCAGAUUGGGAGUACGCCAAACAGGGCAUCGUCAUGUGGCUGAAUAAUAAUCCUGAAAGGGCGGAGGAACACUUCAAAAGGAAGCUGGAUAGGACAAUAGUGUACUCAAGUUAUACAUUUACAACUGUGAUGAAUGCGGUCAUUUCUUAUGAAAUGGAGAAAAUUGAAAUUGCUCAGGAUAUGCUCCGGGACCUAGAAAAACGAUGCACUCCUACAACAGGAUGGAUUCAAACAUUACGAACGAGAAUUUUCGGACAAGAUUCGACCUUGAAACCCACUGGUGACAUGCUAGAAGAAAAAAUAAUCAUUGCAGACGCUCUCAUGUGCUCUGCAAUAUUGACUCUUCUUACACAGGACAUAGGCGGUUUCAUGAAAGGAAGCUGGCUGCUGCGGAGAGCUUGGAAAAUUUAUGAGCAACUGUACGGGCAAAUAUAUAGUCUUUACAAGUCUAUAUCGCAGAGGAACCAGGAAGCAACAGAAAAUACAUCAGAACCAAUUACUCCUUCAGACGUCAGCCUAAACACAAAUAUUUCGACGAUUCCUCAUAGCCAAUCACAUCACUCCAAUUUUACCUCAUCAAAGAAAUGUACAAUUCGGACACAUCGUAAUACAGGCAAUAUUUCACGAACCUCCAAUCGACAGCAUUCGGUUUCAACAAUAUUCCCUGCAGAAAAGCUUAGAUCUCCCGUUUCCAAGCCCUUUAGUAAUGAGCUCUCUUUACAAGGAAGCUGUAAUAGUAGAAAAUCAUCUGAUCAGCCGUCCAGAGAUAAUCUCCAUUUGAAAUUACAAUCGAAUCAGAGCAAUGGGUUUCUUCACCAAGUGCCAUUAUCUUGCCCAGAACCGAUUCCAAGUCCAAUGACAAUGGAGCCACCUUUUCAAACAAGUGAUAUAGACUUAAGAACUACAAAACGUUUGAUGGGAGCCGUGAGUUUUGGCUUUGGAAUUUUUCAACUAAGUGUAUCCUUAUUACCACCUAAUCUACUGAAGUUGAUUAACUUCCUAGGAUUUGAAGGCAAUCGAGCGAUGGGCAUAGCUUGUUUGAACUAUGCAAGAAGUACGGAAGAUAUGCGGGCGCCACUUGCAACACUCGCACUCUUAUGGUACUACACGAUCGGUGCCCAGCUAUUCCAUGCCAAUGAAACCCAGUUAUCGAACGAAAUAGAAGCCGCGCGCCAAUUGCUGAGGGAUUCACGUCCUGAAUAUGCAACGUCUGCCAUAUUCUUGUUUUUCAAUGCAAGGUUGAAGAGAUUGCAGGGUAAGACAGAUGUAGCGGUUGAUCUGUAUGAUGCUGCCUACCGAAUGUCCGUUCAGAGAGAACUGAAAAUGCUGUGCUUGCACGAAGUCGGUUGGUGCCGGCUGAUCCACCUUGAUUUCGGAAAUGCAAUGCUUCAUUUUCAUGAAUUAAAAUUGGCAAGCAGUUUCUCCAAAAGUUUUUACACUUAUAUGACGACAAUAUGUCAAGGUGCCUUUGGUCGAUUCGAAAAUUUAACAAAGCUAAAAUCUGAAAUUAUGAUCAUGAUAAGCAGAAAUAACAAGGAAACCCAAAUUAACAAAUUCAUCUUGAGGCGAAUCGAUAAGUUACCAUCCUCGGAUAGUGACCGAAACAUGUUCGACGUGCAGUAUUGGAAGUUCUUUGUUUAUGAAAUGCUUUUUCUGUGGAAUACCUUGCAUAAUUGUCCGAAGGAAGUUAUUACUGCAAUCAUUUCGGAUUGCACCACGGCUCCCGGCGCUACCAAUGAACCAUCCAUAGGUCUAGCAAAUCUAAUACUAGGCGCUUGCAAGAUGCAUUUACAUCAAUUAGACGGUGCUAUGCAAGACUUCAGGGAGUGUAUUCGAAAGCGAGUGAAUGUUACAGAAGAUAUAUAUAUUUCAGCCUACGCAAAUUACGAGUUAGCCGUGAUCCUGUUAAAACAGCGCAAUGAAAGAGCCAAGCAAGAAGCAAAAAAUUUACUGUUAAAUGUUCAAACUUUAUAUAAAAAUUAUGACUUUGAAAGCAGAUUAAGUGCUCGAGUGUAUGCAAUGCUCAAACAUCUGUAGUUAAUGAUAAAAUACAAUAUUCUAAUAUUUCUUAUGAUUCUAUUUUAAGAAACAGAUCUUAUAAUCUUCCAGAUGCAAUGUUAUUUUCAUAUACGACCAAAAUCAGCGCAACGAAAUCAAUAAAAGAAAAGCAAUAGAUACGUAUGUCAAACUAUUUUGUCAGUAAAUAAAAUGCCUUUUAAG